GGAUGUUCCCAUCACAGGUGCAAUAAAAAAUUCCAGCUCCACCUCUACAUAACCAGUUGCUAGGUAUGAGAGACAGGUAUUUCAUCAGGGAAUAAGUCAAGCAGCAAGAUCGUAGCCAAACUCCCCAGAAUGGCUACUAAAAACAUUUGGCAAAGUUUGGCUCAGGAUUGUGGCCCAUUUAUGCGGCACAUUAAAAAGACAUUUAUUCUGCUGCUCACAUUAGCAUUUGUAUUGUCUGCUGUUGCUUAUGUCUCUGAUUUCUCUUUUGAGACAGUUGCAUUCUCUCAAACCUGGUUGACUAAAAUUAUGAAUCGGACUUAUUAUAAGAUAAAUAACAUCACUUCUGCUGAUCAUACUCAAAAGGAUUUAUUAACACCUUUGCCCGAUCAACAAAUCCAACCAAGAGUUACAACUGUUGCACAAACCACAGACAUUCUUAUCUAUCAUCAUGUGGCUCAUCCAAGCAACUAUCAUUUCAUUCUGGACGAACCUGAUAAAUGCAAGCAGGAUCCAUUCUUGGUCUUGAUGGUCCCUGUGGCCCCCCAUCAGCAGGAGGCUCGUAACGCCAUCCGGAGCACAUGGGGGAAUGAGAGCUCAGUGCAGGGAAAAGCAGUGCUGACUCUGUUCUUGGUGGGUUUGACUGGAGGAGCUGAAGCUCAACAGCAGCUGGAGGAAGAGAGUCGACAACACAGAGAUUUACUGCAGAGCAACUUUGUGGACUCCUACUUCAAUCUGACCAUAAAGACGAUGGUGAUCAUGGACUGGUUGGCCACUCGUUGCCCCCAAGCGACUUUUAGUAUGAAGGUUGAUUCUGACAUGUACAUAAACCUGGAGAACCUGAUGAGCCUCUUAUUGUCACCCAACACACCCAGACAGAACUACAUCACAGGCUAUUUGAUGUGGGACCGACCUGUAAUCAGAGACAAAAACUCAAAAUGGUACGUGGCAGAGGAGCUGUACCCCGAAUCGAAAUACCCAACGUACCUGCUUGGAAUGGGAUAUGUUUUCUCCAACGACCUGUCAGAAAAAAUAGUUGAGGCUUCCAAGGAAGUAAAGUCCUUUAACAUAGAAGACGCAUAUGUGGGCGCUUGUCUGAAACAGUUGGGCGUUGCACCCUCAUCUCCCCCAGAUCCUUCACAAUUUAGAGCCUAUCUGGGACAAUAUAAUCGAGAAGAUUUUCUCAGAGUUAUUACGACAAUCCUGGGAUCCCCACAGCAGCUAAUAGACAUUUGGAAGGAUGUAAAGAAGUCCGCAUAAAAGUACUGGAGCACAAAUAAACAAAAAAAAGAGAAACAAAUUUCUGUUUUAAAAGAAAAGUCUAUUUAAGCCCUUUUUAAAUGACUGAAAGCUGAGACUGGGACUAUUACAUACGCAUGUGGACAUGCUGACUCUAGACGGGGCCAGGGGAUCGUUUAAGGAGCCGUUCAUGCAAAACGCACUCCAUGUUUUUUAAAGUUUAACUUCUUUUACCAGGAAAUGGGGUUUUAAAAACAGCACAGCACUCUGCCUGAGGUGCAAAUGUCAAAAACAUCAGCAAUGUUUGUUUACAUAGAAAAAUAACAGCAGUGCAGUGGAACACAAACGGUCGUACAAUAUUACAAUUAGCUUUCAUAGGCUCUAUUACAACUUUUAAGUUUAAAUUUUAUAGUUUUCUGGAAUUAACACAAAAGUAUAUACUGUAUGUAUACAUACAUAAACAUAAAUUCAAUAUAAUAACAAUUUUAACUAAAAGGUUGAACUGUGUUUGCAAAGCAAAAGUAUUUUUCUCCCACACUGGAUAUUAUGCAAAUUAGAAUACACCCAGUUUCGACUAUGCUACAAGUAAUAUGAAUUGGAUUACCUUUACAAGGUACACAGCUGGUAAUAUGAACACAUGGUUCUACAUUUCUAAGCAAUGUGAUAUUAUGAGACGUUUCAUCUAAUCAGUAACUCUUAUGGGAUAUGUUUUCUCCAACGACCUGUCAGAAAAAAUAGUUGAGGCUUCCAAGGAAGUAAAGUCCUUUAACAUAGAAGACGCAUAUGUGGGCGCUUGUCUGAAACAGUUGGGCGUUGCGGCGAAAUGGGCAGGAAAAAUUCCUGUUUGAGUGGGCGACAGGCCAACUCAUCACCCUGAAGUAUUUCACUGUUGGCUUUGGGAUUACUCCAGGAAAUAAACUCUGUGACCAACAAAAGUUUAUGAUUCUUAGAAAUUUUAUCAAUAUAAUCUUUACAAAUCAACACAACCUUUAUGAAUUUUGAAGCCUAAAAUAUAGACUAAUCACUAGCCACCUUAUUUGCAUUCUUGCAGCACCUGAAAACUAGACUAAACUAGUCUGAUCCUUUUCUGAAGAUAUAUAGCUCCAUCAAGUGGUCACACAGUAACACAACAUCCAAUGGGCCUCUUUUUCAGUAUGAAUUACGUGAUUUGCAUAGGAAUGUGUCCUACAUACCAAUGAAAUGUAUGAAAAAAUGUUGAUAUCCUACAAGGAAACGACCUCUGAUGGUUAAAGAGUUGUACUUCUUCGUUUCGUCAGAAAAGCAAUGUCUUUAGACAUUCAUGUUUAAAUGCUGCACCCUCCUGGUGACUGUUAUGAAUUACUGUUUGGUCAGUGAAUCAAGAGGAGCUGUUUACAUAAUAAAUUAAAUUAAUGAA